UCAAGAGAUACACGGAGUGGUCUAUGCUAACAUUUCAUCAACAAUUAUUGCAGCUAGAGAGGGAGGUGCGAUAGGCUUUCACGUUCUUUAAAGUUUAUGUUAUUCACGUUCUAUAGCCUAGACGGUAGCACAGAGAAGCUUAACAAGAGGCAGUGGAACAAUCAUUAAUAUUGUGCAGUACGACGGCAAAUAUCUUAAUCUGGGAUUUAAAAUGUUAUGGUUAUACUUGAUCGAACGAUUCGUCUGCUGCUAGCCAGGCCUGACUAGUAGCUUGUUUUGUUGUUCCCGCAACCGAGGAGAUACGACGGUAGCGGUGAGUGUUUCGGUCACGGUAGUUGUUUUGCUGAUUCCAUGGUUGAUUAGACUCUCUUUGACUGUCUUCUUCGAAGGCAUUCACAAGAUGGCUGUAGACGGAUGGUAUGAUGCCUUUUACAGUACCUCGCAACGAAUGAUGGCGUAUGUGUGGGCAGUAAUGGACGCGUCCAUGGUGUUUUGUUUCCUUGGAUCUGUUGGAAUAUUUGUCUAUUUUCUCCUAAUUUUGUCACAUAUUAUUAGCAUUAUUUAUGGAAAGCUUCAUCUCCACCGUAUGCCAAGUGCCACAAAUAUAGUUUGGGAAGAGUUGCCGGGGGUUACGAUUCUCAAACCUCUGGUUGGAGUUGAUCCAAACCUUAAGGAAAACUUAGAAACAUUUUUUAAUCUGAAUUAUCCAAAGUAUGAACUAUUUGUAUGUGUACAAGACGAAGGUGAUCCUGCAAUAAAGGUUGUGGAACCUCUGAUACAGAAGUACCCAGAUAUUGACGCCCAUUUAUUUAUAGAGUCCAAGGAUACUAACAAACAAUCUGAAUGUGAAGAAGGUAGACACGCAAGGAUAGGGGCGAACCCAAAGCUGAACAAUUUGAUGUCCGGCUACAAAGCGUCAAAGUAUAACUUGAUUCUUAUCAGUGAUAGCAGCAUUAAAACGACCAAAGACACGUUGUUGGACAUGGUAAUGCAUAUGACGCCUGGUGUUGGUAUCGUACAUCAACUUCCAUUUACCUGCGACAGGAAAGGUUUCUCCUGCACACUAGAAAAGGUAUUUUUCGGUGGAUGGCAUUCACGUAUGUAUCUGACCAUGUGUGCUAUUCGGACUAACUGCGUAACAGGAAUGUCAAAUCUAAUACGCAAAUCAAUUAUUGACGAGAAUGGCGGACUUGAGGAACUUUCCAAGUACAUCGCCGAGGACUUCUACAUGGGUCUUAUUACGUUAAACAGUGGUUACAAACAGCAACUUAGUUCUAUACCAGUGUAUCAAAACAGCGGAAUCUCAUCACUACAGAACUUCCGGAAGAGGAUGAUACGGUGGACACAGAUACGCAUUUCAACAGUACCGGCGAUUAUAUUAGCAGAACCGAUCACAGAGUCACUAGCACUGGGUAUAUGGAAUGCGUGGAGCGUUAGUUACCUGUUAGGUUGGGAUCCUAUUGUGUUCUUCUUAGCACAUAUAUUAAUAUGGAUGUUACUGGGAUAUAUACAACUCAAAAUAGUACAGAAUGAUAGGCUUAAUUUUUCCAAGUUUGAUUUUGUGAUCGCUUGGCUCUAUCGCGAGAUCAUGACGCCGUAUUUGUUCAUGAAAGGUAUGAUGAAGACGACUGUAACGUGGCGGAAUCAAGUCUAUAAACUAAAGUGGGGAGGGGAACUUGAAGAGGUCAGGUAGCCUGCUCAUGUCAGAGGUUAAGUGUCAUUUUCUUGCCACAGAUCUUGCCAGACAAGUUCUUGCGAUUAAGACAGCAGUAAUGAAAAUGGAUUGAUUUACAAAAGAAGAUGUGUGUAUUGUCUACAUGAAAAUGUAUCAGUGAUGAUAUUGAGAAAGAAAUUGUACAAAUAAUAAUAUGACUGAACAAAAUAGCACCUUUUAAACUGACCAAUUAAGUACCAGCAAACUAACCAAUCAAAUUCCAGAAAUUCUGCCAAACCAAAAUGCCAAUAGUGUGAGAACAAACAACACCGCUUUGACGCUGCUGCACAAUGGAAUCCCAACAGCUUUAUUAUUGAAUUGCGUCCUGGAAUUUACUCUUAACAGUCUGCUUGUGCAGACUAUCAAUUUAAUUUUGCUUGAUUUUUGACCAACCAAUCAAACCACAGCAAUUCAACCAAUCAAAAACCAAAUUAAAAAAACGUUUAAUGUUUUUGGUUUUUUGAAUGGAUGAACUCCACAUCGCAAUAUCGAUGAAUGUGCAUUAUACGAAAUCACUCAGUCAAUGCAUUGAAAACAACAGUCAAGCACUGAAAAGCGGUUAUGACACAAUGAUUAUAAUGUAAGGUCAGUGUGUCAUUCUUCUGCACUCAGCGGACACAGUGAAAACAUAAUCCAGGCAAUCAACAAAUCGGCCCGCUCAGCAACAGCAAAGGGCUCUAAUGCAUUGAGUUUUGACUUACCACUUUGUUGAACUUUGACCCAUGUGCAUAUAUGUGUCUGAUCGACUUGCAAAUAAAAUCUGUUGAUGUGAAUACCAAGACAUUAAAUACAGUGAGUUGAUUGAUAUGCCAUCAAUAAAGCUGUAGGGUUGGAGGGAGGGAGGGUGUCGUAUAUUCAAAAUGUAGUUCCAGAUAAAAAAAUAUGCUGCUCUAUUUAACAAGAAUUUUAUCUUGAUUCAGAUCACAGUAAUAGAUUGUAGAUUAGCAUUUGUUUUUUUAUAUUUUGAUACCUUCAUACACCGGCCAUAAUUAAUAUUUGCUGUAUUGUUGGGAUUUUUGCAUCCUUUUCCAUAAUGAAAAACAACAGGAUUGUUACCAACAACUCUAAGAAGAUAAUUUUCUAUCUGAAGCCACAACGUUAGCGUUAAUUUUUGCUUGUUGAAAUUUCUUGGUGGUUAUUAUCACUAACCACUGAAAUUCUUUUAAGUUUUUGACUUUGGAAAGCAAAAAAAAAUUGUUGUCAUUAACGUCACAGCUCUUCCUUCCAAAAGUGCUCUUAUCUCCAAGUGGUUUUUUUUUUAGUGUAUCCAUAUUUCUAAGCUUACAUUUUAUGGUAGCUCGAAUAGAGUUGUGUCAGUUGUGUUUUACCUUUAUGUAGUAGUAUAAUGCUAGCAAGCUGAUUAAGUGUAUAUAUUUGAUGCAAAAUUAAAAGUAUCAAAUGUUAACACAUUCUUGAAUUGGGGUGUAUCAAUUUUAUGAAGAUACUGUUAGGACCUUUAGGCACAUUGUCUAAAACAACACAUUUCAUGUAAUACAUACUUUACAAUAAUUACAAUUCUCAACUGGUUUAAACUUGUCUGUUUGCUUGGUUAGUCGCUGCUGAAUUUUAGUAUACAAGUUAACUAAUUAUCACAAGCAUAAAAUAAUCAAUGGUUGACUUGUUAAAAUUAUUUUAAUUCAAGUUAAAAUAACUUGUCAUGUUUCGUAAUUGUAUAAGCCUACAGAUUAAAAAAAUAAAUAGAAUGUUUGAAAAAGAAUGUCAAAUCCUGAGCUAGUACAGAUAGUGAAAUUUCAGAAUGGUUAAAAAAAGAUUUGAGAUUGAUAAAAUCAUGUAAAGAUGUUUUUUGUACAAUCUGUGUUAUGCUCAUUGUCUAUGGGAGGUCUUUUGACUGAGCAUUGACCACAUGGGCAAAAAGCUAGACUAGACAGAGAAAAUUAUAUACUGUGCAAUUUUGAUGGAUGCCGAUAAAACGUUUGUCUGUCUUAAUACUACAUAUUAUGAUUCCAUUAUAAAAAUUAACACUAACAUGUUUUUACAUUGUGGUUUUAUAAGGAGGAUAAUCUAUAUAUAUAAUGCAAGAUAUAUAGCUCAAUGGGUGUAUUUAACUGCUUUGCUGGAAAUGAGUAUUAAUACUGUACUUGAAUAUUAAUGAAAACAUUUAACCAUCGUCAUUUAUAAUACGUAUGGAAUUGAUUAUUGUCGAGGAAUCAAUUCAUUGCGACUAAUUAGAAUUUAUAGACUUAACAUUCUUUCUGUACAUAACAAUAGAGAUAUCAUAUGAAUUGUUUUAACUACUGCUGCAAACCUUUUUGCUGUAUAUACUUGUCCUGGUCACAGUAUUUCACAUGUCAAUAUCCAUAUAAUUUGGGCCAGUAGUGUAAUUCUUAAUCUGUUAGUCACUUUUAUUUUUAUACAUAUUUUGAGGUCAAGUGUCAAAGGUUACUAAUGAUGAAAACCUAGCAGUGUAAUGUGUAAAUAUUAAUAAUUAAUAUGCAAAAAUGUGAAUAGGCCAAAGGUCAGAAUUAUGCUAUAUUUUUGGCAUUUUAAGAGGGCUGUAUGCAAAUCCAUGAAUAACUUUUGAUUGCCUUUCUGGUUGUCUAUCUGUAAUAUGAAAGGAUUCUGCAUGUGUGUUAGAGUCAGCAAUCCUUGGUGAUUGCAUGUUGAAUAAAUGUAUAGGUGGGAAGAAUAUUAUGUAGAGGCUUGUAAGAAAUUUACAAGAGGAAUUAUUAGAAUUGAUCUGCUCCCCAAGUUUAAGCUCUCUCUGAGUUAUCAAAUUUUCUUUCACAAAAAAAAACCAAAAACUGUUCUAUUCCCAUAUAUAGUCAUGAUAUGCCUAUAUAUGGUCAUGAUGUGAUAGUCAUCGUGACUUUAUUUAAGUAUGCCACAUGUAUGUCAAAUUUUGACAAUAAACUGUUGUAUGCCCAUAUAUAGUCAUGGUGUGCCUAUAUAUGGUCAUGAUGUGAUGUCAUCAUGACCAUAUUUAGGCAUGUCACAUGAUUUUGUCAAAUAAAAUUUUGAUAGACUGGACAGGCCUUUAGAUCUGCAUAGUUUUGAAUACAGAAAGGAGAAUUUAGAUUUGUAACAAUUUCCGUAGGUUGAGUUAAUGGGAAACUUCUGGGAUUAUUAAAAAAAAAAAUAUUUGUUAUUGUGUUUAUUUAAAGACACAGAAUCCAAAAUAGUACCAGGGGACCCAAGUCUCUGGGAAAUCAAGAUGGCUUCCCCUGAGCAAGCAAGAUUUUGUAAUUCAAAAUGAAGCCAUGUACUGCAAAUUCAUGAUAUUUGGAUGUUAUACAUCUGUAUUAUCAAUUGUCUCGCUGAAGUCAGUUGGUGAUAAGUAUUAACGCACACAGCAAACUAAAAUUAAAUGUGUUUAAAUAUAGA